AUGGGACGAAAGAAGUCCGUGCCUCCCCAGCCGCUCGUGCUGCAGCAGGCCCAGUCUCAGUCUCAGGCCCAGGCCCAGCAGCAGCAGAACCAGCAGCAGUACCAACAGGCGGCGUACGGGCAGCGGCAGCAGCACGAGUACGAGGAGGAGCGGCAGCAGGAGCACUCAGGCGGCCACCGUCUAGGUACCCAAGCCCAAGCUGACGGCAGGUGGUCCAACAAGUCCAAAACCUCGGCCACCACCACCACGACCACCACCAUCACCCAACCCCAAACCCAGCAGCGAGAUCGUCCUAGUGAAACAGACCAACACCCACCACGAAUCUCACCCGCCACGACCGCCAAUUCGUCAUCGCCCAAGUCUCCUCGCUCUCCAUUUACCUCACGCUUUUCUCCAAAGAAUCUAUACUCACUAUCCAAUUCGAACCCCCAGCUCCAGCCUCAGUUACAGCCCAACCAAAUCCUGCGCAAGUCGCCAGCCCCUAGCACGCCUGUACAAUCGCAGAAUACUAGCAGGACCACGCCCACUCCCACUACCACUGCCACUACCACUGCCACUACCACAGGCGCCUCCACCAGGAAACCUCAGCACAUCGCCGAGCUGCAGCAGCAGCCCCUGCCCCUCCGCGACCAAGAGCAAGAACCGUUCCCACCCAUCACCGCCUCAAUCACCCAGCCCGGCAACAACUCGACCACUUCUCGCCCGCAGCAGCCUGAUCGAAGGCGACUUAAAUCGAGCCACGGCCAACGCCCACGGCAAAACGACGACGAAAAGAAGGGCUUCUUCUUUAGCUUUAGCAAGUCGGGCAAGUCGUCGUCCGAUCGCCUGCCGCCGCCGCUACCACCACCCUCACAGACCCAGCCCAAUACCACUACUACCGCACUAGACCCACGGCGCGAAGCAGUGAUGAGGAGCACCGAUCAGCCAACUCCCACCAAACACAGUCCAAAACAAUCAACCGACACAUCCCAUGUAGAUUCUGCCCCGAGACCCGCCCCCUCUUUGCCCUCUAGAUCCGAAAGCUCGUUGGCUUCAUCCCAAGAAAAGGGCGACACCACCACUACUUCAUCGAGAAAAGGCUCCAAGCCCAAGCCAUUCACAUUGCUGAGCAGGACAAAGUCACAGCGUGACAGGGACGGCCGUAGCCCACGCCAUACUCCGAGUCCCCAAGACCUAAGAGAGGUCCCCAAUACUCAGGUGCCGCUACCCGAACCAGAACGUGCGCACAUUGCUGCGCCUCCCAAAACCGCGACAGCCCCCCUCGACCGUUCGUAUAGGGAGGCCAUGUCAUCGUCGUCGCGCAACCACUCCGCCGACCGCGGCGACCGUAUCCCGUCGCGGGACGCCUCGACAAGCAGAAACUCGAAUCGGGAGAGGGACUAUAGCCGCGGACAGCAGCAUUUCUCACAGAAGGACGGUCCAGCUUCGUUUUUCAACAAUCUCAAGAGAGAAGGCGGCAGGGUAGCAGAGUCAAUUGGAAAGGGGCUUUUUGGCAAGGGCGGUCGCAGCGGCAGCACGACAGAAAAGGAGCCACUUGUGGAUGACGAGCAUUACGUGUUAAAGGUCAUCAAUCUCCCACUUAUCGAGCAAACACGCCUGACCAGGAUAUCGAAACGGCUCGAGGACUCGAGAGACAAGACGGAAUUCUGGAUGCCCGCCUUCCCCUGGAGAGCGAUCGAUUAUCUCAAUUACAAAGGCUGCGACGUGGAAGGUCUUUACCGAGUGCCAGGAAGUGGGCCUCAAAUAAAGAAAUGGCAGCGGCGGUUCGACGAGCGCCUUGAUGUAGACCUAUUCAGCCAGGAGGACCUGUAUGAUAUCAAUAUCAUUGGUUCGAUGCUGAAAGCAUGGCUUCGCGAGCUCCCCGACGAGCUGUUCCCAAAGGAGGCACAAGACCGAAUCGCUCGAGAAUGCGCCGGCGCAGAGAAGGUGCCUCAAAUGCUCAUCGACGAGUUGUCCAACCUUUCCCCCUUCAACUACUAUCUGCUCUUCGCAAUCACCUGCCACCUGAGCCUGCUCUUGGCGCACGCCGACAAGAACAAGAUGGACUUUCGCAACCUCUGCAUUUGCUUCCAGCCGUGCAUGAAGAUCGACGCAUUCUGCUUCAAAUUCCUGGUAUGCGACUGGAGGGAUUGUUGGAAGGGAUGCAAGAACGAGACCAAGUUCAUUGAGGAAGAGUACAAGUUGUUCGACGCGCCACCGCCUCCAGGCCUCGGUGUUAAGAAACGCCUAGAGCCCCGAUCAGAGCCCCGACCCGAGCGUCGCCCUUCGCCAACGGUGGAGAGGGAUGAGCGAGAUCGCAACAUUUCUUCUUCGGACAGCAGCAAGAAGUCGCAGCAAGGGGGAGACAGCACGCGGCUGAAGAAGAAGAAUGGUAUCCAGGAGAACGGAAGUGCAGCAACCAAAACAACUCAUCUGUACACCGACGCCCCAACGAACGGCCAGAGUGCUACACCAAGAGCAUCGAACGAUAUGCGGCCCCUGUCACCCAUCAAACCUCUGUCGCCACUCGGGUUCUAG